AUGAAUAGUAAAAAGCCUGGUCUUUUGGCAUUAUUACCAAAACCGAAAGGAGUAUCACAAACUAAAGCACCAGAACUGCCGUCAAAUUCUGCAUUACCAAAACUUGGCCCGUCACAAACUUUGGAGAAAACACAACAAAUUGAAGAAACAACGAAGACUGUUGAAUUCAAAAAAAUAAACGACAAAUCAGUUGGUACUUCUUUGUUAGGAAUAGUUGAUUAUAGCUCAGAUUCUAAUGAUGAUGAUGAAAAUGAGGGAAUUGAAAAAGAAAAAAUUGAAAAUGAUGAACAGAUUGAUUUUUUUGGUUUAAAAAAUUCAUCAGAACCUGCUUCAAAGAAAAUUUGUUUAGAAGGUGAAGAUUAUGAUGUUCUAAAUGAGCCGCAGAUUUUUUUCGAAGAAGUUGCGCCAGGACCUUCCAGGUUAUUUAAUUAUAUAUGGAGGCUUAGAAAAAGAAUAAAAUGUAAAUUUAGAUUUUUGAACGAUAAUUUAUCAAAUGAUACAUCUAUUUCUUGCUUAUCGGAUGAAAAGACACCAAGUGUUCUACGUUCAAUUACAGAUCAGGAGGCAAGUCGUUUGAUUUUUGAACGUGAACUUGUUCCAAAUGGAGUAUAUAAUUCAGCAAUAGCAGAUGAAGCUAUUAGUGGAAUGAUUGAUGUAAGUGUAGAUGCAGCAUUAGGCCCAAAUAUUCGAGAGAAUUUACUACGAAAUUUAAAUACAAAACAAAUGGCUCAAAUGGCUUGUGGCCCUUUACCUAAAUUACCACAAGGAGGUGACAAAACUGCUAAAACAAUGCCAGAGAGAUUAGCUAAACGAAAACAUCAAAUUACUCAUUUGGCCCAAGUGGCAAUCUCCCGCGAGGAGCAACUCCAAGAAAAAUGGGCUGAAGGUAGACAACAAAAGAAAAUGAGCCGACAAAAAUAUGGAUUUUAA